AUGUUCGAUUAUAUGAAAGCUGUGGGUGUGCCACUAAUUCAGGAAAUGGUAACUUCUGGUCCCUGUGGUACCAACUCUGAGAACCCAAUAACUUGUAUAGUGGCCGAUGGAGUAUUCUGCUUUGCAGUUGAUAUUGCUAAACAGAUUGGGGUUCCACUCCUUUAUUUCGAUACUAUUAGCCCUUGUGGUCUAUGGACUUAUCUCUGCCUUCCCAAACUGAUUGAAGCUGGGGAGUUUCCUUUCACAGGUGUGCUUUACUUUUGCCUACUCUUUCAAGGGAAGUCAAAACCAAAAUUAACUUCUUUCUAUAUCAAGUUAGAUAACUCUAUUUAUGAUGAUUUGGCAGAAGAUAAUUUGGACGAGAUUGUUGUUAAAGCACCAGGAAACGAAGGUUUUCUAAGGCGCCGGGAUCUUCCUGGCUUUUAUCCAAAGUUCUAA